AUGGGCCCCAUCAAGCUCAAAGUUUCCACUCUUCAGCACCAGUACUUCGCCGGGAGCGUGGUCAAAGGAAGUGUCGAAGUUCAGGUUUGCACGAAAAACAACAAGGAAUCUUCUGCGGAUGAACUCAAGCUUCGACUGGUCGGUCACGUCAAAACAGCGGUUGAUUACUCGACCGACAAAGGAGAAGAAACAAAGAUGGCCCGCGAAGACAAGGAGAUACUGUCCUACGAUGUGCAGCUUGGAUCGUUCGGUGGGAAGGCAGCCAGUGGGGUCCACAACUUUCUCUUCUCGGUCACCCUCCCUGCGGGCUUGCCUCCCUCGAUGACGGUAUCGCCCAUUCUGACGGUUGGAGCUGGAGGGACGGAAGUUCAGCCUGGGGGGGGCUCGGUCGUGCUGGCGCAGGCCGCGCCGUGCCCCUCUCCGCAAACUAUGCCAUAUCCCGCGGGACCAACGCAGCCCUCGCCGUACCUCGCUCCGCAGACUCCGCAGUAUUCUACUGGGCCAUAUGGCUCAGCGCAGACCGUACCGUACCCUACCCCGCAAGGUGCGACAUAUGGGGCCCCGCCUGAGGCUUCUCUCGGCUACACGCCAGGCAUACAGUGCUACCCUACCCACCAGGCUGUCGCUGCGGUGAAGGUGGAUGAAAAUGGAAGAGUGAUCCCUCGGGUGGUGCCUCAUGGAGGAGGAUGA